AUGUUGGUCCAGGAUGUGCCGUUCCGUUAUUAUCCUCUGCAAGCAUAUGGUCUCUCCGAUCCAUGGAAAAUAUCACACCACUCCCGCUCACAGAUUCAUUUCUGCGAGGGCAAGAAGCAAGCAUUGUUUUUCGCAUGGAUACAGGAGACAAGUUAUUUGAAAGGAAUUCGAUGCAUACCCUUUACUACCUCCCCGUUCUCCGUCUUGAAGUUGAUAGAUACAGCAGCUGGGCGUACAUUAACACUUGGUCCAGACAGUCUCUACGUCAAGUCGAGCAGAAUUUAUGACCGCCAUGCCAGUCCUACUUCCUAUGCGUCAGUUAAAAUCGACAGAUUUCAGGCAGCAGCAAUAGCACGCAGCCAUAAUCGCCCUUUGCCUCGGGUUUUUAAUAAUGGAAUGAAAGACCAUGAUGUGUCAUUAAUCGACAACGGAAACGAAGUGAUCGAUUUUGGCAACCCUUUCAAGAGGUUAAACGGUACAUUUAUGACUAACAAUGAAAGCAACAUCACUAUAGGACUUUUUGAAGCUUAUCUGUGGCACAUUUUGGGUUCUUACGAAAAUGUCAAGAAAUUGGAGUCAUUGGGGAGCCUUGCUUCAGACGAAGACAGUCGCAUUCAUGAAAUGACGGCAAAAGAGAUGGCGAAAAGAAAACAGGCCUUACAAGAUGAGAAAGACAGGCUGCUAAAUUUCAUGAAGACCCGUAAUAUAUCGCCUACCAAAGAAAACGUUCGACAGCGGACUUCCAAGCUGGGAGUAUGGUCGAAAUACAAGACUUCUCCAGAGACACGACGUACAUCGGGCACUGCGACACAGGAGCAGCCAACUACUCAGCCCAGCCAAAAGAAGAGCGGAAAUCCUUGA